AUGGAUCCUGAAGAGCAGUUGCAGGAUCAGGAUACGAUUGAAGAAAUCGUAUCGGAGGAGUUAGAGAAGACAAUGGUCGACAUUCCUAGUCCACCACGAUGUAGGAUUUGCUUCGAUGUUGACGGUGAGUUUAUUGACUUGGGCUGUGCGUGCAAGGAUGAAUUAAUCCUUGCCCAUGAAGAUUGCGUCAAAAAAUGGUUUAAGAUGAAAAACACCAAGAUAUGUGAAAUCUGCAACAAAGUAGCGACAAAUGUUGAAGGAGAUUUUGAAUAUAAGGGUCUUUCGGGAGGGUAUGUAUAA